GAUAUUUUAGGAUCCUGUCCACAAGGUUGGAUAGGACAUGAAGGAUCCUGCUAUUCACCUUUUGUUCACGGCGCCACUUGGCAAGAGGCCGAGGACACCUGCAGAGAAUUCGACGCUCACUUAGCUCUCUCCAGAAGCGAGUCCGAAAAUGAAUUUAUCGCUGUGGAAGUAGGUAGGCCAGAGUUUCGAGUAUGGAUUGGACUACGACGGAAAGAGGGAGAAUUUGUCUGGAGCGACGGUCAGAAAGCAGAAUACACUAAUUGGGGGAACGGCGAGCCCAAGGGUUCUUCUAGCGGAGACUGUGUAAGUCUUCUCCCGGAAGACAUAUUCUCUUCAUGGGAA